UUAAACUUUAGUCGAGUGAGGCGCAGCGGUGAAGCCAACAUGUUGCAACUGUGAGUGAUCAACUGAAUGUCUGUCAAUCAUUCAUCUGUUCAGUUAAAGACACAUUAUUGACAAAAGCGCGUCCUGUCGUCAUUUGUGCAGAAACAGGUCUGUGAUGAAACAUGAGCUGUGAGCGUCAGAAGCGCAGAGACGAGAUUCAGAGAGCGCUGAGGUUCAUCAAAUCGUCUUUGCCCUAUCCUGAACCUGAAGCCUUUGAGGGGUUUGUUAUUGAGCUGGUGUGUAAUCUCUUGGACGAGGGGAAUGCUGCGUUUCGAGAGCGCGAGUGGACGCAGGCGCUAGAUGAUUUCGGUGAGGGGGUUAGUGUGGCACAAUACUCUCAGGACGAGGGUCUGAAAGUGCCCGCCGCCCUGCUGGAGAGUCUGUACAUCAAUCGCGCCGCAACCCAUCAGAACAUGGGUGAGUUUGAUAGCGGGGUGAAGGAUUGCGAGCGUGCUCUGCAGGUGUGUAAAGACAGUCCUAAAGCAUUGUAUCGUAAGGCCAUGUGUUUGAAGGAGGCGGGGAAACUGAGAGAGGCGUACGACUGCACCACUGCAUGCCUGCUCGCAUCACCUCAGGAUACGACGGUGAGAAGUUUGGCACAGAAACUCGCUGUCAGUCUGAACUUGAAGAACAGUUCUCAUGAGGGGAACGCCUUGAGUUCUCUGGACGACUGGGAUGUGACGCCACCGUUAGAAGAGAUGUCUUUUAAUAGACUGGAGAGAGGGAAAGAAACUGCAGUUGGUUUGUCUGCGGGGUCAUCUCCUGUCUUACCCACUUAUGAGUGCCCAAGACUGUCUCACAGUCUGUCUGUCUCACAGCCGCUGGAGGACAAUGAUCUGAUGGGAGAUGAGCUGGACAGUCUACUGGACUGUAUGCCUAAAGAGGAGGACACACCACAGAGUGCCGUUGUCCCCAGCGGUCUGGUGUGUUUCUCCUCAUCAUCUCCUCGUCUUCCUCCUGCGUUCUUCUCAUCUGUGGGGAGUCGGUUAGACACUCUUGACUCCAUCACUAAACCUGAGGUGAACUCAGACGCUAUGGACACGUUAGACGCCAUCUGUCCACCGCAGGUUCUGCGUACUGGCUCUGAUGCCAUGCAGCGCCCCCUAGUGGUGGGAGGAGACGCACUCGAUUCACUGUCUGAAUUCAGUCUGCCAGGUGGGAAAGUCUGUCGUAGUUUUCUGCCGUCAAUCAAACUGAAAAACAUGUUGAAUCCUGCAAACAACCCUCAUACAAGGAAUGGUCAUGUGACCUCCACUCUUUCCUGUCUGUCCAAGAAUCCACUAGAACACACACAUGAGUUUACACAAGCCUGCAGGACCUGCUUCACUUCUACAGGUUCAGGUGUGUUGGACUUUGAGUUCAGGUCUGAUGUCACUCACACCUGUAAGAAAGAUCUUCUGCUGUGCAGGAGGAGGGGCGGAGCUAACUCACCCUGGAGGCGGAUCCGGGUCCGUCCAACUCAUAAAAACUUCCAGGGUGCCUUUGUGCUCUGUAGAGAGAUUAUAGAGAAUCAGGUGUGUAAGUUUGGCGAGGACUGCACAUUUGCAUAUUGUCAAGAAGAAAUUGACGUAUGGACGCUGGAGAGGCGGGGCUUACUGGUCAGAGAGCUGCUCUUCAAUCCACUAGCGACCAAUCAGAAACAAGCACUCAGCGUCAUCAAAAUCCUGAACGUACACAUGGGCAUGUUCAUGUUCCUCUGUGAGCCCUGUUUUGACUGUAAACCCAGAAUUAUCAGCAAAUGCUGGAAGGAGAAUCCUGCUCUGUGCACAAACCUGCAAACACAACAUCUGUUUGACAAGAAAAAAUGUUUGGUUCACGCGGUGAAGAACAGUACAGUGUGUUACAGUAAGAUUCGAGCAUUGACUCCUCUCCGUCAGUUUGACAUGUGUCGUCAUGAGUUCAGUUUUGGCUGUAAGAGAGAAGACACCUGCUGCUUCGCUCACUCACUCAUAGAACUGCAGACAUGGACACUGCAGAGAGACACUGGCAUCAAUCCUGAAGAGAUUGUGCAGGAGUCAAAAAAACACUGGAACAAACAGCGACCUGCGAUCGUUGCUUCACGUUCAUCUAAUAAAAUCACUGCUGCCAAAACAAACUGUCCAAUUAGAGUGGAGGAUGCCAACACGAAGGCGUGUCCUGUCCAGGGAACAGGAAGUGCUGACUCAGCUGAGGUCAAAGGUCACAGUCUAGGGCUGAAGUUUGUGUGUGGUCAGUGCUGGAGAGACGGGCUGCUCAGUGAACCGGACCGAGCGCUCAAAUACUGCACCGCUAAAGCCCGACACAGCUGGACUAAAGAGAGGAGAGUUUUAUUAGUGAAGUCUCAUGAGAAGAAAAAGUGGGUCACAGUGCGACCUUUGCCCUUCGCAAAGACCUUUCCUCAACAAUAUGACAUCUGUGUUCACGUGAUGAAUCAGCGUAAGUGUCAUUAUAUCGGGAACUGUACAUUCGCUCACAGUCAGGAGGAGAAAGAUCUGUGGACGUACAUGAAGGACAACGGCUUCCGAGACAUCCAGCAGGUGUAUGACGUCUGGCUCUCCACGUCCAAUCAGAACAGACCAUCUGACGGCACCUCACGGUCUCCGCCAAUGGAAGAGAAGCAGAUCACCAUGCCGACGGACUUUGCUGAACCGAUGCAGGACAGUUUUUACUGCGCUUUGUGUGGUAAACACAGUAACAGUGAUCGUCAGUGGCAGCAGCACAUCUCGUCUGAGAAACACAAGCAGAGAGUGUUGAGUGGAGAGGGAGAAGAUGAGAGUGUGGCCUGGUCAUAUCGCUUCCCUGGACCCUGUUUCUCCAUCUGCACCAGGUUGGAGGAGGGUUGUCCUGAUGGCGUGAGUUGUGACUUCGCUCACAGUGAGGCGGAGCUUCGGGAGUGGCACAAACGGCGGGAAUUUCUGCGCAGAAGGUUGGACAAAGCCCGAGCCGACAUGCUGAUAUCGCCAACUGACAACGAUUUUGGGAACUACAACUUUCUCCUUCAAGACUAAAACACACACAGUUCUCAUAAUGACAACUCAAUAAUUAACACAUCUAUCCCUGCAUUCUAAUGAGGCUUGCUCUGAAAAACCACAACAUUAAUGUCCACGGAUAAACGUUCACUGGAUCUCUCUGAAGGUGCUUCAUCUCCUCGUUUCAGUGAUUGUUGUCACCUGAUGUUCAGAGUUACUGUCAGUCCUGAUGAGAGCGAGCGAUGUUGAUGUUUUAAUCUGUGAAGAAUGAAGCUAAAAGACUUUUUUCUCCUUUAACAUGAAGUUGUGUCAGAUUGAUUUCUAAAGUUAGACCAAACCCUUUUUUUCAAUUCUCCUGGGGAAAAAAACAAGAUAUUACUUUAUUAUUCACGACUUCAUUAUUAUCUAUAAACUCAAAGCACUCGAGAUCAGACGAGAUCAGCGAUCAGAUGUUUUACUGUCGACUGUCUUUUGUGUUCGUGGUCGGUUCAUACGCUGAUUAAACGUGACAUCUGUAUGAUGUAACACUGUUAUCACGUGUUAUCUUUGUCAUUGGAGUUUUGUU